AUAUUUUUAAACCUAAGUAUAAAUAAAUUCUAGACUUUCAUAUCUUAUCAGGAGAAAAAAAUGAUUAUAUAUUUCUACAAUUCUCCUUCUGGAUUGCUACCAAUAUAUUUAUGCUUGAUGAUGUUGUGUUUAUUAACAUAUGCAAUAUGAUAUGCAUGAUACUUUCCUUCAUCCACCAAUAUACUACAAAGUGCAAACAAGUGUUACAUUAAUCCAUCGUCUGUGUACCCUUUACAUGAGGAAUCUCUUGAGACACUUGUACACUACAAACAAGAGCUACAUUAAUUCAUUAUGUCUGUGUAUCCUGUCUAUGAGAAUCUCCAAGAUUCUAGCAUCUAAUUGAGGAAUCCAUAAAACUGAUAAAACCAUUUACAUCAGCAGACCAGACAGAUUCUGGCAACUUGUUUAACAUAUAUCAUACAUUAACAAAUAUAGAACUAGACAAUCUAUGAGGAAUCUCUUGAGACACUUGUAUGCUCCUCUUCAAGUACAUUAACCAGACACUUGUAUACAUUUAACCUUUUGUUUAUAAUUCUGCCCCAUCAAGUUUUACAGUUGUCUUCAAGUACACUAACCAGUUCAUAAACUGUUAGUAAUUAACAAUGUUUAAUAUUGCAGUAAAGGGUAGGCUGUUAAGGAGGUCCUGUCAUGUUGCCCAAAACAAUCUACCAUUUUUAGUUGAUCCCUGAGCUCACAUUUCCUGAUUUUAUUUGUUUCAAGCAAAACCUUCCUUUUAACCCUAUCACAUUAUCAUCUGGUUAGGCAUUCUCUGAUAAGGUAAUCAAAAAUGCUAUCUUUAUUUAUGUCUUUGUGCUUUGAACAUUGGGUUUGGGUCGAUUUAAGGUUUAUGAUAGACUUAUGAAUUUCUGGGCAUUUUUUUUAAAAUUUUUAUUUUAAUUGUGGGGGGUUUGAUUCAUUUCCAUUUGAAUGUAUUGGUUGGAAAAUCCAGUCUGCAUCAAAUAUUGGCUGAUACCAUUAAAAUGUCCUCUUUUUUUUUUUUUUUUUUUUUUUUUUCUGUUGAAUGAAUGUAAUGAUGCAUUUGAACAUUGGGGUUUGUUGCUUUGAAAUGUAUUUUAGGCAAAUGGGAUGAACCUUCAAACUAUGACAAUGGAGGUGCCAUAUCAAUGUGUUAUAAGAUCAAACCUAGAAACUUAUUAUUGAAAUUGCUUUCUCUGUCAAUGUUUCAUGGUAUGAUUUGAGUCCUUAUCCCACCAUUGUGAAACUAAUUCGGAUUCGAGCCUCGGGUUGCUCUUGCAGAGUUAGAGUUUGAUCCUUAGGGGAAGGCUGGCCUAUUUUUGCAAAAAGAAAAAGGAAAAAAAAAAGGGAAGAUGAUCCUUGAAGGGUCUCUAAGCUUUAAAGGCAGUGAAAUGGAGACCAAGAUCUCGUUGGUAUCUCCCCUUUUUCAUAAGGAAAACAAGGAAAUGGUUAUAUCAGACGGCAUAUCUUGUGAAAAGUUGCCUACACCGGAUAGCACGAAAGUGUUACCUCCCAACACCUCUAACCAAAGAAACCUGGCUGCCCUGAAGUUGCAGAAAACGUAUAAGAGUUUUUGCACACGAAGACAACUAGCAGACUGUGCUGUCCUAGUAGGGCAAAGAUGGUGGAAGCUUUUAGAUUCGGUUGAACUCAAGCACAAUUCCGUUUCCUUCUUUGACAUUGAGAAGCCUGAAACGGCUGCUUCUCGUUGGUCAAGAGCAAGUGCAAAAGCUGCUAAGGUGGGAAAAGGUUUGUCGAAGGAUGAGAAAGCACGUAAACUUGCUCUGCAGCAUUGGCUCGAAGCAAUUGACCCUCGUCAUAGCUAUGGCCACAAUCUUCAAUUUUAUUACGCCAAGUGGCUCCAGCGUGAAAGCAGACAGCCCUUCUUCUAUUGGCUGGACAUAGGUGAAGGUAAGGAAGUAAACCUCGAGAGAUGCUCGAGAUGCAAACUUCAACAGCAGUGCAUUAAGUAUCUUGGACCGAUUUAAGGCAUCUAGUUGUUCUCCUAACAUGAUUUAUGAAAACGUCCGAGAAUAUGGCUUGAACGAUAUUCACCAAUCGUUUAAUGUGGUGUCACAGGUAGUAAGACAGACAUAUGAGGUCAUAGUGGUAGAGGGGAAAUUUAUGUAUAAGCAGAGCGGGAAGCUGCUUGACACAGACAUAUGAGGUCACCUCAAUUUCUGCUUUCUGUGCUUCUGGGGAUGGAGUUAGCCUGCUCAUCUUGUUAGAAAUUACAUACACUAUAUAACCAUCCAUCAUUUUCCUCAUCAUAUAGGUGGGCCAUUCGUGCUUAGCCCACCUAUAUGUAUAUUAAAUAUUUAAUUAUUGAUAAUGAAUAUUAAGGUAGCUUGUUGAAUGAUGUCUUAGGAUCAAAUGUUAUCAUUUCGAUAUAUAUAAGUAUUAUUAACCACUGGACUUAAAACUAUAAUUACAAUUUCUUUAUUGAA